AUGGCGGGCUUCGUGAGGGAGCUGGAGCGGCGGGCCGGGCCAGCGCUGCGGCUGGAGCAGCGGGCGGCCGGCGGCGUGGGCUGUGUGGUGUGGGACGCCGCGCUGGUGCUCGCCAAGUUCCUGGAGACCGGCGCCUGCCCCCUCGCCCGCCGCCACGUCCUGGAGCUGGGUGCGGGCACCGGCGCCGUCGGCAUCAUGGCAGCCACGCUGGGGGCGAACGUGACUGUCACAGACCUGGAGGAGCUGCAGGAGCUGUUGAUGGUUAAUAUUGAGAAUAACAAGCACCUGAUCACAGGGUCCGUCCGAGCCAAGGUACUGAAAUGGGGUGAAGAUGUAACAGAAUUUCAGCCUCCCCCCGAUUAUAUACUCAUGGCUGAUUGCAUUUACUAUGAGGAGUCCUUGGAGCCCUUGCUGAAGACCCUGAAGGACCUGACAGGCCCUGACACUUGUGUGCUGUGCUGCUAUGAACAGAGGACGAUGGGGAAGAACCCUGAAAUUGAGAGAAAAUACUUUGAACUGCUCCAGAGGGACUUUGAGCUGGAGAAAAUUCCCCUGGAUAGGCACGACGAGGAGUAUCGGAGCGAGGACAUCCACAUCGUGAGCAUCCACAGGAAGCAGAUGGUAGGCCCACAGAAUCCCAGGAUGCCUUGUGUUGUUGGGAAGGGACCUUAAAGCUCAUCUCAUUCCACACCCUGCCAUGGGCAGGGACACCUUGCACUGGAAUGGUUCAUGGCACCAGCACAACUCCUGCUGCCAGGAAUUCCCAGAGCUGCUGUUUCCUUGGCACAGCGUGAGCACUCCAGGGGUGUGCUCCAGUCUGACUGUGAAAUUUGGGACCCUGUGGAACCACAGCCCUGCUGUACAAAGGAGCUGCCUUGUUCCCAAACCUGGUGCUCCAGGUGCCAGCCUUCCUCUCCAGCACUACCUCUGAGCUUCACAUUUCUCCUGCUUCCAUGCACUGGUGGGGUGGGAUCUCCAAACUGGAGUUUAGAGGCACCAAAGUAAUAAAAAUAAAAUGCCUGGUGCCGCUUUUGGCACCGUGGGCUCUGCUGUGCCACCCUCUCCCCAAAACCAGGCUCUAGAUGUGAUACUCAGCAGCUGCCAGGAUUGCUUUGAUCGUUUUGGGGUUAACUGAUGAAGCGUGAAGAAAAUAUUUUGCAUAUUGUGCUGACACAACGUGCAGGCUCAGCUCUUGAACAAAACCAGGCCACUUACAAAUCUGUCAUCUUUGUGAAAAUCUCUUGACAGAAUUUCCCAUCGUGAGAUCUUUGAGCACAGGAUGUGUCCCCUGGCAGAGCUCUGGAGCAGCGGGGAUGGGAUAACACCACAGAGGGACUGCGGUGUGGUUGUGACUCAUCUGCACCGAGCAGCUUCUGGCUGGCCGACUCGGCAGCCGAGGUGUCUGACAGCGCCUUCCGGCCGGACAGCUGUGGGCUGGCCGUGUCUGCGGCCCGGGGAGGCGGGGAGUGGAGCCGGAGCUCCCCGGACAGCGCGGGGGCGUGUGCUGGUGCCGCUGCUGCGGGAGCGGCGCUGCCGAGCGCUCACCGAGCCCAUCCCGGGGCACCGCGCCGAAACCGCCGAGAGGGGAAAAUGGGAGCGGCUCGAACGGCCGGUCAAUAAAACUUGGGCACGGGAGUCGGGUUUCAGAUGGUGGGUUUUUCAUUCAUCCUGUGCUUCCUGUGUCAUUCCCUCCUGGGAGGUUCAUUCCAGGAGCUGAGGCUGUCGUGGUGUUGGUUCCUGCACAGAUAAAACACUUGUGCAAAAUC